AUGUACGACCCCACUGACAUGCACGUCAUAGACAGUGUCAAGAAUCACUCACCCCCUUCAUCGUUGCUGCACCACCAGCCUCACCGCCUCUACCCCCUCGAUCGGCGCUUUCUCCGAUCGUAUUCAGAAACCCUUUCUUCAGUUUUCCUGCUUUCUUUCUCGCCUGUCAUCUCUCCCCCUUCCCCCCGCAACGGCAUCGAGUUGCACCCACAAACGUUUCCCUCGAAUCCCCCGGUAGGACACAGAGGGACCUGGAACACAGAAGAAGAGACCUUUCCUGUAUUGGCCUCUUCUUCGCUGCUCUUUUCGUGGCCUUGCCUCUUCAGCAACGCGCUACCGAGCAGCUACAGCAGCGCCAUGUCAGUUCAUGCAGUCGAGGAGUCCGAUGUGGGGCUGCCCAAUAUGCAGCUGGAGCAUCACGAGCAGGCAGCGCAGCAGCAGCCUCGACCUGAGCCAUCAAACGCCCCGACGCAGGUGUGCAUCGACAAAACUGUUUCGCGGUCCCCGUCGGCAAAGCGCUACCGCUUUGAGGAGCAGGAGCCCAAGGACAUAAGUGCAGAUGCUGUGCAUGUGAUGGAUCUCAAAGAGGACGCCCACCUCGAACAUGCCGGUCGCGCUUCAGCGACAGUUGCCCUCCAAGACGACCACACCGACUUCGCGGACGCGCCUGUCGGUGAUGCUGCGGCCGUGGUGGAUGUGUCCUGCAGUACUCUUUGCGCUGAGGCUGAUGUGACAGGCGUAAGUGACGAGACGCUUGCGGAGCCGGACCUCACCACUGGCCCUGCAUGCGUAGAGGAGAAGUGUGCGCUCACGCUUUCAGUGUGCGAGCUGGAGACAUCGAGCCACGCGCAGCUCUCGCAAGUGAUGCCCCAUGCAGUGCGCAAGGAUAUCCCAGUGCAGCCCUUACUAUUGGAGGACGGUAAUGCUGUACUGCCUCCUCUUCACCAGUGCACAGAUGAAGAGGAGGCGGUCGUGUCACCGCUGCCUGUGCUCACCGAAGCACUGACGCACCUAUCACAGGCUGAGGGGACAACUGAACGUGGCGCCAUUGCGCACGACUCUGUCACUAUCGGCACCGAGGAUGCUUCCCGGUGCGAAGCUGAGGAGAGGCUGUGCCGCGAUACCGAGGCAGGGCCUGUCGCGGAUACCGCGAACGCAACUGAAGUUGCUUCGCGGAUCCCAGUGGAGGGCGAGAAGGACAGUCUAAGAUCAGCGCGCUCUUCCGAGGCUGCUACACCACCGCCGUCGCUAGCCGCCGUUGACGAGUACCCCAAAGAGGCAAGCAAGCACCUCACGUUUGCCAGCGACGCGCUGCCACAGUCAUUAUCGCAACGCGGGUCUUAA